AUGGCUGCACCAAAGAUAAUCGUGCUGGGCAGCCUCAACGGCAACCUGGAACCCGCGUUCAAGAAGCUCGCCGCGCUGCACGCCAAGAACUCGUUCGCGCUCGCCCUCUUGACCGGCGACGUCUUCGGGCCCGAGACCGACGACGACGAGACCCGCUCCGCUGCCAUCGACGCGCUCCUCGCCGGCACCUUGACCGUCCCGCUGCCGACCUACUUCACCGUCGGCUCCCGCCCGCUUCCCGCCCGCGUCGUCGCCCGCAUCGAAGAGGCCGCCGCAGACGGAGGCGACGUCUGCCCCAACCUGCACUUUCUCGGGCGGCGCAGCGUGACCAAGACCUCCGACGGCCUGCGCAUCGUGAGCUUCGGUGGCGCGCUGAUGACGACCGCUGACGGGGCGGGAGGGAAAGAGCAGCACCUGCCGUUCCACACCGAAGAGGACGCGCGCAGCCUCAAGGGCGCGCACGGCGCGGAUGUCCUCCUCACGUCGACGUGGCCUGCGAGUAUAUGGGGCGGCGGGUCCAAGGUCGCGCUCGACGCGGCGCACCGGGAGCAUGUGGCCGCGAGCCGGUGCGUCGCGGAGCUGUGCGCCGCGCUGCGCCCGCGGUACCACCUGACCGCAUCCCCGGGGCCGUUCUUCUACGAGCGCGAGCCGUUCGUCCAGGCCGCCGACGCGGCCAACCCGGACGUCGUGUCCGUGACGCGCUUCAUCUCCAUGGCACCGUUCGGCAACGCGGCCAAGCAAAAGUCGCUGUACGCGUUCGCGCUUAACAAGUCCGACGACGUCGUGCCGGCCGGCGCCACAGCCUCGCCACUACUACCGCGUGACAGGAAGCGCCAGCGUGGCGGCGACGACAACGCCCCAUCCUCGUACAGCCGGUUCGGCCACCACCACCACCACGACGGCCACCACAAGCGCCGCCGGCAGGCGCAGCCCCCACCGGGCCCGGACCAGUGCUUCUUCUGCCUCUCCAACCCGCGCACCGCCACGCACAUGAUCUGCAGCAUCGGCGAGGACGCCUACGUCACCACCGCCAAGGGCCCCCUCCCGCCAUCCUCCUCCCCCGACAGUGCCCUCGGCUUUCCGGGCCACCUCAUCGUCAUCCCCCUCGCGCACACUCCCACCCUCUCCACCUCCUCCGAGGAAGCCGCCCGCACGCGCCGCGAGAUGACCCGCUUCCGCGAAUCCAUCCAAGCCUCCGUCUCCGCGCGCUCUCGCCGCUCCCUCGGCGUCGUCACGUGGGAGGUGAGCCGCGCGCGCAACGUGCACCUCAUCUGGCAGCUCGUCGCCGUGCCCGCCACUCUCAUCGCCGAGGGACUCGCCGAGGCGGCGCUGCGCGUCGAGGCCGACCGCGCCGGCUACCCCGCCUUCUCCAAGACGGAUCUGGCGGAGGAGGAGAGUGGUGAUUUUGUGAGGGUGUGGCUGUGGGGCGACGGCGAGGACGAGGUGCUUCGUGGGACGACGCUGGUGAUGAGGCUGGAGCCGGAGGCCCGCUUCGACUUGCAGUUUGUGCGCCGCGCGCUGGCGAAGCUGCUCGGGCUGGAGGAGCGUGCCGUCUGGCAGGAGUGUCAGCAGACGGAGGAGGAGGAGACCAAGGACGCCGAGGCGUUUCGGGACGGGUUCAAGGAGUGGGAUUUUACCUUGGAGUAG